GCAGCUAUGGCUCAUUAUUUCCCACAAAUUAAUUUUUACUUUUCAUCCUCUCCAUAUACGUUUCAUAAUAAAAUAGUUGAUGCAGUAAUGAGAACUCUUAGAGAUGCGUUAGGAGUUAACGGUCAGAUAUACUGGGAUGGAAAUCAUGACUCCAUCAUACAGCAGUUAGUAUAUUAUUACAAUAAUACAUGGCAUAGAACUAUAAACAUGAAACCAGUGGAAAUGAAAAAUGAUAUUUCAAAAGAAUGGGAAUAUAUUAGAAAGCAAAUGGAAAGGUUAAAUGAUGUUAAACGUGAACAAAUUAAUUCGGGGCUCAUGAAUUUUAAACAAGGGGAUAAAGUUUUGAUUCAUCUCGAUUAUGGAAAAACUGAUAAAUCAAUGACAAAAAGAAGACGAAGAUUUGACACAAUAGCUGAAUUUGUUAGAUAUAUUAAUGGUAAUGUAUUAGUUGAGGUUAACAAUAAAUUAAUAGAAAUUCCGAUUUAUUUUAUUACUCCAUUAUAUUUAAAUAACAUUUAA